AUGCUGCUAACGUACGUGCUGGUGCUGAUGCUAGGCCGGGGUGUUCUGGCACGUGUCUACAUUGAGGACACUACCGACGAUACGAAAAGAGUAUCGUCAAGUAGUGAAAAAGUUGACCCAUUAGACCCAGAUAUUGAUCCAGCCUGCAGCAUAUCGUUGCAGCGCGAUCUGUCGAUCAUGCAACCGCUGCUGCUUGAACCGGGCAGUGAACGAUUUGUUUGGCCGCGGCUCAACGGUACCACGGUUGAGCUGGACGCCGGCCAGGAGUUGGAACUGUUCUGUUCCCAUGGCUUCCGGAAGGGAUCACCCGGUGGCCAAUCGAAAACGGCGAUCAUCAGCUGUGCCGGUGAUGAUGGGUUUACGUUCGAGGCGGAGCGUUACAACAUCUCUCAGUUCGCGUGUCAAAGGCCCGUGUUCCACGCGGCGGAACGUACCGGUGGCAAGUGCUUCGCUAACGGCACUACCGUGCGGAUCGGGUUCGAGCUCCCCGGCGGACGGUUUGCGCAGCUGUACGAGGUGUGCUUCGACGAGGAGACGCUUCGAACGCACUACGUCAAACAUCGGUUGACACCGCAUAACGGCCACCAUCAGCGGGCCGUCAAGAGACCCGGGUUCUUGCAGGGCAACUUCUAUGACGACCUCAAGAUGGGCUCCGUUUACUCGUUCGCCACACAACGGGCCACCAUCGAGCGCAUCCUGGGUAGCGCGGGGCGGGCCGAUGCUGUGCUGGACAGCAAACGCGGUCUGUUCUUUGCCCGCGGUCAUCUGGCGGCCAAAUCGGACUUUAUCUACGGGGCGCACCAGCGUGCCAGCUUCUGGCUGCUGAACGUGGCUCCCCAGUGGCAGCGAUUCAAUGGCUUCAACUGGCAGCGCAUCGAGACGAGCGUUAAAGCGCACGUGGCCGAAAGGGGACUCUGGCUGACGGUGUACACCGGGACGUACGGUGUGCUCGAGCUGCCGGACGCAAAUGGUGACGGACAGGCAGUUUACCUUGACUUCGAUCCGGAGCGGGAUCCGGCGGGACGCGUUCCGGUCCCGAAGCUCUUCUACAAGGUACUGAUCGACGAACGGGCCCGGGCGGGGAUUGCUUUGAUCGGGAUAAACAAUCCGCACGCCACGGAAGAUGAGAUCGCCGAGCAGUACGUGGUGUGCCGGGAUGUGAGCGAGCGGAUUGCGUGGCUGCGCUGGAAGCGACACUCGAUCCCGGAUGGGUAUGCGUACGCGUGCGAUGUGAACGAGUUCAACGAUGUUACUGGCCACCUGCGGCUAGCGGAACCGAUCCGCAAGCUACUAGUGUAA